UCUAGUUUUCGCUCAGGUGUGAGGAGCAUGAGGGUUUUCGGGCUUCUCGCUCUCGCCGGCGCGGCGCUGCUGCUGGCCGCGGCCGUCCAGGGACAGCGGCAGCGUGGCGUCGAUCGUCACGCGGGACACGUUCUACUCCAUGCUGAGGCAGGGCCACCACGGCGACGGCGGCGGUGGCGGGUGCGAGGGUGGCGCCUUCUACACCUACGACGCGUUCGUGGAGGCCGCGAGCACGUUCCGCGGCUUCGGCACCACCGGCGACCAGGCCACCCGCCGCCGGGAGCUCGCCGCCUUCUUCGCGCAGACCUCCCACGAGACAACCGGUUACUGCUGGGUGAAGCAGCGGAGUCCGGCCGGCGAUCGGUACUACGGGCGAGGCCCCAUGCAACUCACUCAUGAGCACAACUUCCGUCGAGCCGGGGACGCGCUGGGGCUGGACCUGCCUGCUGGGGAGGCCGGACCUGGUGUCGACCGACCCCGUGGUGGCCUUCAAGACGGCCAUCUGGUUCUGGAUGACGCCGCGACAUGGGGCGCAGAAGAUGCCGUCGUGCCACGCCGUGAUGACCGGCGGCUGGAGGCCGUCGCGCCGGGAGGCUCCCCGGGUACGGCAUGACCACCAACAUCAUCAGCGGCGGGCUGGCGUGCGGCAAGCGUCACGGGACGCCCCAGGGCAGGGACCGGGUCGGGUACUACAAGAGGUACUGCCGCCUGCUCCGUGUCCGGCUCGGCCGCAACGUGGCCUGCAUCAACCAGAAGCCAUACGGGCACGGAGGCUGAUCAGUCAGCGAGUAGCUCAUGCUCAUGGUUGCUCGCUUCAGUGUUUGUUUGCUUGCUGGUGAAAACUGAAAAGAAGAAGAAUAAAAGCUGUAGCAAACUGCAGGGCAAAAACCUUCGAGAGUGUGUUCUUCCGUAAGAGAUGAUGGUGUAUGGUCAUUUCGAUCUGGAUGUGUGAUAUCAUCAGGACAUGUGACGUGAUGAUUGUUGGGCUCUGGUGUUCCCAACUUGACAUCAAAAUGAGACCAUCUAUCAGGCAGGCUGUCAACGUGUUGCGGUCAGAGGAGCUACAAUAUGUUUGUGUCUUAAUGGAGGGUUCUCCGGUUAUGAACUGGUCCCACCUCAACUCCUUAUAUCCAACCACAACAAUUAAUAUAUAUGCAAACCUUACACAUACCCGGAGCUGGCUGCCGAAUGAUUCCUAUCUAGGUGAUGAGAAAACAGACAUCUGCAAAUUGCUAUGGACUCUAUGAGACACGAUAGCAUGGAAACAAAGGCAAGACGUGGCCGAUUAACUAUCUAAUCGAUUUGGCGUAUACGUGUACGUGCGUGCUUGUGUGUUCCGGGUAGUCACAAAGAUCAGUCAGCCCAAGGCUGUUGUGUAUGUGUAGAACCGAAUCAAUCAGGAGAUUGUGUACGCACAUGUACUGCUGCUU